CUUAAGGUCUUCCUCUCAAGAAUAAUCAACUUGACCGGUCUAACAUUUGGACAUUUACUUUAAUUGGUUCUAGGUGGAAUACACCCAUCAAAUACAAAAGAGAGAAAUCAUAUGAGUAAGAGUAUAGUUUUUUUUAAAAAGAAAUACAAAGUAAACUUUUUUUGGAAUUUAGAGUAGAAAAUUGAAGUCCAGAAUAAAAAUUUUCCAAAUGCCCAAAAUCACUUGGCCUGAACGGGUGUGAAGAGUAGAACGACAAUUCAUGGCUACUAGCGGUGCUUCUCCCGCGUCACACCAAGCUCCCAAAAUCCUCUUGGCCAAGCCUGGACUCAUCUCCUCCGGCAAGUUCAAUCGCAGCGGCGCAGACGAAGACUCCGCCGUGCUUCGUCCUCGUAUUCCGCCGAUCGGUUCUCUCAACCUCCUUUCCGAUUCCUGGGAGUUUCUCGCCGAUCGUUUUCUCCCUUUUCUUACGGAUAAUACAGAUUUUACUGUGGUGGGGGUGAUUGGUCCGCCAGGGGUGGGCAAGUCUACCAUAAUGAAUGAAAUCUAUGGCUCGGAUUCUACCUCUCCUGGAAUGCUCCCUCCAUUUGCUAUACAAUCAGAAGAAAUAAGGGCAAUGUCCAAGCAUUGUACUGUUGGAAUUGAAACUCGAGUUUCAACUGAACGGAUUAUACUCCUUGAUACUCAGCCUGUUUUUAGCCCUUCUCUUUUAGCAGAGAUGAUUAGGCCAGAUGGCUCGUCCACAAUCUCUGUGAUAACAGGCGAGUCCCUCUCUGCUGAGCUAGCUCAUGAACUGAUGAGUAUCCAGCUUGGCGUGUUUCUUGUGUCCAUUUGUCACAUUAUCAUAGUGGUAUCAGAAGGUGUUCAUGAUCUCAGCAUGUGGCAGUUAAUGUCUACGGUGGACCUGCUAAAACAUGGCAUACCAGAGCCAUCAUCUCUAUCGCUCUCCCAUCCUCAAAGCUCUAGUUUUCCCUCUGAAAAAGAAGGCAAAGAUAAAACUGGAGAAGUGGCUGAAGAAUACAUGGCCACUCCGGUUUUUGUGCAUACAAAGUUACGCAAUGAGGAUCUUACUCCACAUAAUCUCACUCAGUUGAGGAAGGCAUUGUCACAGUUUUUCCUUGAUUCUUUCUUUGUGAGGUCCAAAGGCACUAAUAUUUCUGUGAAGGUUAACUCCCAAAGUAGCAAUUUAGACUCUCAUGUCCUGAAAUUAUUCCUACUUCCAUCAAAGCACCAAGACAAUUCCUCAAGAGCAUUGUAUGAAAGCUCCGUAUCAGCAUUGUGGAAACUUCGGGAUCAGGUUUUGUCGAUGAGUGGCUCAUCGUUCUCAAGGACAGUGUCCGAACGUGACUGGCUUAAAAACUCUGCCAAGAUAUGGGAUCUUGUCAAAGGUUCUUCUACGAUUUCAGACUACUGCAAAAUGCUCCAAAUGUCAGGCAUGUUCGGGAGGUAGUCAUAUUUGGUUUAGCUUAAACAGAUAUCAAAGUCAUUCAACUGAUGCCAGAAAUGGGAAGCUCUGAAUGCUCAAGGCAUUAUUGUUUCUGGGGCGUUUGGGAGUAGGGAAGGGAGGGAAACUUUGAUUGAUUGAAUUCUAAACAAAGCCAGAAUUUGUAUUGCUCUAGUAAAUUUAUUAUAUUUGG